AUGUCUCAAGAAAGUAGUGUUUUAUCCGAAUCACAGGAACAACUUGGCAAUGACCCUAAAAUAGAGGAGGCAGAUACUGCCUCUGCCAAUCCUAGAGAUAAUAGCAAACCUGUACUUCCGUGGGAUUUUGAAGACAAGGCGAUAGAGAUCAAGAGCUUCAGUGGCUAUAAAGUCAAUUUUACUGGCUGGAUAAGAAGAGAUGUAAGUCAAGAACGUCAAAAGCAGGUUGAACUUACCGAAUCCCACAUGAAAGAAUCUGAUAGCAAAGCCACGGGGAAAAAAGAACCAGGGGAUGAGGAUACUGAAGGCAAAGAUUUUGAAGAGGAGAAGGAGGAUGGAUCAGAAUCAUGA